AUGUCCUCCAAGCGCGCCCGCCACGACCUCAACGACCCCUCCGUCCCCGCAGACGACGGCUUCGUCCACGACCCCGACGCCGGCGAGUCUGGCCAGGACGACGACGACGACGAUGACAAGCCCAAAUCCGACAAGAAGGCCGGAAGGAGAAAGAUCAAGAUUGAAUUCAUCCAGGACAAGUCCAGACGUCACAUCACCUUCUCAAAACGAAAGGCGGGCAUUAUGAAAAAGGCGUACGAGCUCUCCACCCUCACCGGCACCCAAGUACUUCUCCUUGUCGUGUCCGAGACCGGUCUCGUCUACACCUUCACCACUGCCAAGCUCCAGCCUCUCGUUACCCAGCCCGAGGGCAAGAACCUCAUCCAGGCAUGUCUCAACGCGCCC